AUGCACACUCCCGGGUUGAAGUCAAUGAUCAUACCUGAGGGGAGACCGUGCCCUAUUCUUGCCGAAGAAAUCUCUAAUUGGAGCAACUCUAGUCAGGUCUCGACAUUCGGCCUGAUGGCUUCAGCCCACGAUCCUACGAUCCUUCGGCCAAGUCCUCGCUUGCGCUGCUACCUAGUUGCAGCCAAACGAUAUUCGCCAUGCAGCGCCAUCGUCAUCUUCAGCUUUGCAUUGGGAGCUUCGGUUUCUCGUUUCUGCAAACUUCAGUACAUUUUCCCAGCAAUGGCGGAAGAUGUCCAUGCCAGCAAGACCGGAACUCUGUUGGCGGCAGAUAUCACACUCAUACUCUUGAGCGCAACAGCUGUCGCGCUCCGGUUGCUGUCGAGGAGGUUGCCAAGAGCUGGGCUUUGGUACGAUGAUUAUGCCAUUAUGGUUGCGAUGCCGCUGGCUUGGAUGUUGCCGAUUUUGAAUCUCAUAGGUUGGUCGAGUCUGAGCUCCUGA